AAUUCCCAGAAAUGAAUAUGGCACGAAGGCUCGAUGUAAUUAUAUUUGGAGCUAGUGGCUUCACCGGCAAGUAUGCCGUACUGGAAAGCAUCAAGCUGUUAUCCAACAUGAAAUGGGGCAUUGCUGGUCGGAGCCAAAACAAGUUGCAAGAAAUUCUGAAAGAAAUAGGCGAUAAGGCUAAAACCGAUCUAUCCCACGUACCGAUCGUACUGGCCGAUGUGAACAAUCAGGAUUCGCUACUGAACAUGGCCAGGGACUGUCGAGUGGUGGUGAAUUGUUGCGGUCCCUAUCGGUUGUACGGUGAGCCGGUCCUGAAAGCUUGCCUUGCCGAACGUACGCAUCACGUCGAUGUGAGUGGUGAGCCACAGUUUCUCGAAGGAAUGCAGCUAAAAUAUCACGAAGCGGCCAAGGAGAAAGGAAUUUAUCUUAUAUCCGCUUGCGGAUUCGACAGCAUACCGGCCGAUAUGGGCACGGUGUUUUUGGAGCAACAGUUUGAUGGGGUCGUGAAUUCCGUUGAAAGUUACAUCGUUUCGAAGCAGAAGGGACGCCGUGAGCUGGGUGCAAUCCAUUACGGUACGUGGGCCUCGGCGGUACAUGCCAUCGCCAAUAUGAACGAGGUGGGAGAAAUUCGUCGGAAACUGUUUGCAAAGAAAAUGCCUGAUGUAAAGCCAAAGCUAGCGGAACGGCCGGUUCUUCAUCGGUCGGACAAUGGGAACAAGUGGUCGCUGCCGUUCCAAGGUGCGGAUCGGUCGUGUGUCGCACGUACGCAACGGUUUUUCUACGAAACGGAAAACAAACGGCCGCUUCAGAUGAGGGCGUAUAUUUCGUUUGGAGGAUUUGCUGAAGUGCUUGCAGUAUCAUUUGUUGGAGCUAUCUUUUGGCUGAUGGUAAAAACCAACUUCGGUCGACAGAUGUUGCUCAAUCAUCCGCGGCUGUUUUCCCUGGGAAUGGUUUCUCACGAGGGACCGAGCGAUGAAGCAAUGAACAAUACCCAGUUCGCGCUUUAUUUUGAGGGUAAAGGGUGGGAGGAAAAGUUGGCCAGUCCUGAAGAUAAGUACACUACUCCUCCGAAUAAGGUCAUUCGUACGAAGGUUGCCGGAACGAACCCUGGAUAUGGAGCUACCUGUGUCGCCCUGGUACUCUGCGCUCGUACAAUUCUAGAGGAGGCUGAUAAAAUGCCUGGAAGUGGUGGCUAUCUAACUCCUGGUGCAGCAUUCGCUAAGACGAAUUUAAUCAACGAACUGUGCAAGAACGGCUUCACGUUCGAAGUGCUGUCAACAGCAAAGCUUUGAAAACACUCA